AUGUCGGAAGUUCUUGCUCUGAGAGAGGGCUUCAGUUUCAUGGAGGGAGAUGAACAUGCACAUCUCGCCCUCCAGGAGCGAGGACGCCGUGUCCGGGUUCAAGCCCGUGCUAUCCUCAAAGCUUGCGUCCUGGAGUUGGGCGUGGAGGGGCGUCACCCUGGGAAGGUGUGGUGUGCUGUAGCAGUUGGAGCUGUGAGGUCUGGAAGGCACCAGCGCUGUGAAGUCUGUGCCGGUUCUGAAGACACGUUGAAAAUCUGGAACAAGCCCAGCGCUUGUCCUCAGGGAUGGAGUGAAGCCGAUUUCAGCUCUUCAAGCAGCAUGGGCGGUAUUUCAGCGCCUGAAGUCCAUGUGUCUGCUGCUGGAAGCAAAAGAUCUUCUUUUUCUCUCAAUCGUGGCCCUUAUGGUCAGAAUAAUGGAUCCUUAUCCUACAAGUCCAGAGCCAGCCCACCUGCUUCUUGUGAAAAGGACCCUUUGUCAAGACUGGGCAAAAGCCAGCUGAGUCCUGCUAACGUCCGCCAGAAUUACGGGGCUUCUUCAGCCAGCAGGAGCAAGCCAGGCUCAUGCAAAGGAAGCGACAGCAGCUCAGUGAUGAGGCAAGCAGGCUCCUUCAUGUCUUGUGGUGACAAUCACAGCAUGAAGCCAGAAAAUCCAGAGCAGUGCUUGACUCCUCUGCAGCAGAAGGAACUUACAGUGCGGCAUUUGAAAACAAAGCUGAAGGAAUCUGAGAGCAAGCUUAAAGAAAGGGAAACAGAAAUAGAAGAACUCAAAGCUCAGCUGGGACGGAUGAAGGAAGACUGGGUUGAGGAAGAGUGUCAUCGUGUGGAGGCAGAGCUGGCCGCCUUGGAAGCAAGAAGGGAAGUUAAACAACUCAAGCAGGUUAUUGAAAGCAUGAAAAACAGCUUGGCUGAGAAAGACAAAAAAAUGCAGCAAUACUUCAUAGACAUUAGCAUUGAAAACAAGAAACUGGAAUCUUUGCUGCAGAGCAUGGAGAUGGCUCAGAGCAGCUCUGUGAGAGAUGAGCAGUGCCUGGAGCACAGGUGUGACUCAGAGGGGAAGCCGUUGGUGUUGUGUGCCACAGUGCCAGACAGCCUCACCACAGAGGACCAAGCUCUGAAGGAGGUGGCAGAUAGUGGGCUGCUUCUUAAUGAGGGCACAGCUAACGGGACUGAUUCCUGUGAAGACAGUUUGACCACCAUAACCUCUGAGUUGCGUGAUCCAGCUCCCUCCAGUUCUGCUCUGAAUCAAGAGAUGCUUGAAAAUGAGGAGGAGAAAGUCAGCAACGUGAUGGUGGAACAGGCCAUCCAGACUGACGUGGUGGCAUCUAGCCUAGAUGUGGAGCAGCUCAUUCAAAACAUCUUCAGAGCUCAAGAUGCCUGUCCUCUAAGCCCACCGUCUUCACUGAAGGAACUGGGUGAAUUUUCUCCUGGAAGGUUCAGUGACUCUGGUAUCGUAGUGGACUUAACUCCAAGUCAUCUAAACGCUGCCAUCCUUUUGUCACCUAUGGAGUCUCCAUGCAGGAAGGUGGAGCACGGAGUUAAUGAAAACUAUUUCGUGAAAGAACGUGAUUUUACAGAACCUCAUGAUGAUGAAGCCUUUGGGUACGUCAAGACAGGAAUAAAGAAGAGAUAUGUAGCAGCCCCUGUUGUACCAACUAUCCUGUGGGCUUUCCGUACUCGGAGAGGAGGAACAGAUCCCGUUUACAGUAUUGGAGCAUUGCUUUGUGUUUGUGGCCUGGUGGCCCUGCACUCUACACCAUACACCCUUCGAGAUGAAAACCUGAAGUCCACUCCACCCCUGGGCACUGGCUGGCUGAGGCAGAGAGAAAGAGGGGUGAGAGAGAUCAUAAAAAGUUAUUGUCUAUUCUGA